CGGAAACUCAAGAGUGAACACGUGCGCGCUGCGAAACUUCGAGAUGAGUUUUCUUUUCAUAAUCUAACAUGAACAGUGAUCUUUGCGAUGAAGACUUUAUACCACAAGAGUUAAUCGCUUCAGGAGCACAGGGAAGCAGUGGGAGGAGUUCGGAGAGUUCGCAAAACGCCUUAGAGAAUGCCGCGGGGCGGCUUGGUCCGUAUUUUGACAAGGCGGCGUCAAAAAACGUGACAGCUCUUCUGGGAAAAACCGCGUAUCUUAAUUGCCGCGUUAAGAACUUGGGCAACAAAACGAUGACGCCGCUCCAGGUGUCCUGGGUGAGACACAGGGACAUCCACCUCCUAACGGUGGGUCGUUACACCUACACGAGUGACCAGCGUUUCAGGGCGAUCCACCAGGCUCAAACGGACGACUGGACGCUGCAGAUAAAGUAUCCUCAGCAUCGCGAUAGCGGGAUAUACGAGUGUCAAGUCUCGACGACGCCGCACAUGAGCCACUUUGUACAUCUCAACGUUGUCGAACCUACAACGGAGAUUGUCGGUGGUCCUGAUCUUUACAUCAACCGUGGAAGCACGAUCAACCUGACCUGCAUCGUGUGGUACAGCCCAGAGCCCCCAGCAUACAUUUUUUGGAAUCACAACAAUGCGAUCAUCAACUACGACUCGCCAAGGGGCGGCGUUUCCGUGGUUACAGACAAAGGCGACAGCACGAGGAUCUUCCUCCUGGUCCAGCAGGCCAAGCCGUCCGACUCGGGCCAAUACACGUGCAACCCGAGCAAUGCGCAGUCAAAAUCAGUUAUGGUCCACGUGCUGAACGGAGAGUAUCCUGCGGCAAUGCAGCAUGGAGGACAAGCGAAACAGCCUAGACUGUAUUCCCUGCUGCUCUGUUUGUGUCUGUUGCUGUAUUAAGCUAUCUAGCAGCUAGAGCACAUUGGGAACUGAAACUUCGUCGCCACUUCGUGUCAAGACUUUCGCUAUUACGCGAAGGAAAUCUGUUGUCUUACGAUGUUCAUCUUGUGUGGAAAUAAUUCCCUGUAUCACGAACACCUUCUAAAGUGAAUAAAUGAUAUCACCCAGAGUUAA